UGCUAUGGCAUCCAACAAGGACCAGGAGAUGAUCCUGGCAGAUUUUCAGGCAUGUACUGGCAUUGAAAACAUUGAUGAAGCUAUUAUGUUGUUUGAACAAAAUAACUGGGACUCAGUAGCAGCUAUUACUAGUGUAAUAUCCCAGGAAAAUGGCAUUCCACAAAGUAACUAUGGAGGUGAAGCUAUACCAGGACCUGUAUUUGAUUCAGCAAGUCAGCCAGCUGCAGUUCCUGCUCCCUCUUCCUCAUCAGCAUCUCAACCUACAGUACCAUCUAGCCAGAUUGUAGAAAGGCAACCUCAGAUGCUGGACUUCAGAGUUGAGUACAGAGACAGAAAUGCUGUGGUACUUGAAGACAGCUAUACUGUUAGAAAGAUUAAAUUCAUUCUAGAAAAUGAACUCUAGAUACCUGUGUCUAAAAUGCUGUUAAAAGGCUGGAGGACUGGACAUGUGGAGGACAGUAUGGUCUUAAAAUAGCUACA